AUGGCACAGAAAGGAGUUCAGCUGGACCAGGAGAAAAUAUCUUGUCCCAUCUGUCUGGAUCUCCUGAAGGAUCCGGUGACGGUUCCCUGUGGACACAGCUACUGUGCGGGCUGUAUCCAAAUCCACUGGGAUGAACAGAAUGAGCAGAACGCCUACAGCUGUCCUCAGUGCAGGCAGACCUUUUCACCCAGACCUGUCCUGGGGAAAAACACCAUGUUGGCUGAUCUAGUGGAUGAUCUCCAGAAGAGCAGACUGGAGGCUGCUCAAGCUAGUAACGCCUAUGCUGGACCUGAUGAUGUGGCCUGCGACGUCUGCACCGGGACAAAACGCAAGGCCAGCAAGUCCUGUCUGCAGUGUCUGGCCUCUUAUUGUGAGAAAGACCUCCAGUUUCAUCAUGAAUCUCCUGCCCUAAAGAAACACAAGCUGGUGGAGCCCUCCAAGAAGCUCCAGGAGAACAUCUGCUCCACACAUGAUGAGUUGAUGAAGAUAUUCUGUCGCACCGAUCAGCAGCCAAUCUGUUAUCUCUGCUUAAUGGAAGAACAUAAAGACCACAAAACAGUUCCAGCUGCAACAGAGAGAGCCGAGAGGCAGAAAAAGAUAGAGGACAAUCAACAAAUCAUCCAGAAGAGGAUCGACAAAAGGGAGUACAACAUGAAGAUGCUUGAUCAGGAACUGGGGAUUAUCCAUGGAUCUGGAGAUAACGCGAUCGAGCAGAGUGAGCAGAUUGUGGCUGAGCUGAUCCUUCUCCUGCAGAGCAGAUACUCAGAUCUGAAUGAGCAGGUCAGAUCCAAGCACAAAACUGAGGUACAUCGGGUGAUAGCACUUCGGGAGAAUCUGGCAAAGGAGAUCAUUGAGCUGAAGACAAAAGAAACUGAACUCCAGGAGCUGAUCCACACAGAGGAUCACAUCCAGUUUCUCCGGGACUACCCCUCACUGUCACAACUCAGGGAAUCUACAGACUCAUCCAGCAUCCACAUCCAUCCUCUGGAGUAUUACGAAGAAGUGAUAGCAGACAUGAUCAAACUCAGGGACAAACUGCAGGACGUUCUGACAGAGAGGCCGACAAACAUCCAGCAGACAGAGGCUGGAGUGGACCGUAUACUGUCACAACCAGAGCCCAAGACCAGAGACCAGUUCUUACAGUAUGCCAUCGACCUCACAGUAGAUCCAGACACAGCCAAUGGGCUGUUUGCAUUAUCUCAUGGAGGAAAAAGGGUGAGAUAUGUGGGUGAGAUACAGUCUUACCUCGGAGACCCAGAAAGAUUCCACAGUUUCCUGAGUAAGGAGACUCUGACUGGACGCUGCUACUGGGAGAUGAAGUGGAGAGGAAGAGGACUCUGUGUGGCAGUGGCAUACAACGAGAGCAGCAGAGAAAGGAGUCUGAGCGACCCUAGUUUUGGGCUCGAUGACACCUCUUGGGCGUUGUCUUGUUUUGACCAGUGCUACGACCUCGGUCACAACGGUAUCGUGACUCCACUCAGAGGUCCGUGGUCCACUAGAGUAGGAGUGUACCUGGACCACAGUGCAGGUGUUCUGGCUUUCUACAGCAUCUCUGGAACCCCGACUCUCCUCCGCAGGAUCCAGACCACGUUCACCCAGCCUCUCUGUGCUGGACUUAUGCUGCCAGUAGGUUUCUAUGAGACCACCGCUGAGUUCUGUCAACUGAAAUAG